AUGAUUUUUCAGUACAAAAAACGAAAAUGGAUUUAUAUAGUAGUCAUUUUUCUACCUGCUGCUGUAUUCAUGCUACUGUCAAUUAAUAGUUUAGGUGGUAAAAUGAACAUUGAAAUGAUGCAGUCAUUGUUUAGUGGUCAGUGGAAUGAGAUGAAACCGUCAUGCAUUAACGUGUUAGACAAUAUGGUCUUGGGAAGUUGGGAAAAAGACAAGCUCAAAGAGGCUGAGAUGGCUGCAGUGGUAAACUUCCAUAAAAAAAUCAGAGCGUAUCAUGGGAUAAACGUGAAUUUACAACAUAAAGAUAAUAUAUGUGGAAAUGUAAUGCAUGGUGCAACAAACAGAGGCAUUACCCAGUUCAGAGCCCUGUGUGAUCCCAACGGCAGCACGCCGUGUUGUUUUGAAAACAAAUGUGUAUUUAAGACCGUCGAACAAUGCAGAUGUAAGAAUUGUUUCGAUCUGCGGCAGAAAUUGCACGCAGAGUUGUCUACGUGGAUUCCGGCCGAGCCAACAUGUAAGAUUACCAUGUUUGCCGGAGAAGAGGAUUCCUGCAAGGUUAUGAAGGAUAUGACGAUUUAUUUCAUAGGAGACUCCUUUAUGCGGCAGCUUUUCAUCGCCGUACUCAGUUUAAUGCGAAAAAAUAAGCCGUACGGUCCAUUUAUCAACGGAACACCUACAGAUACACUUAAGUACUGUGACAGGCACUAUAUGCUAACGACUGAAUGCUCACCUUGGAUAGGGGUCAACGCAGAUGAAUGUAAAAAUACAACCCGUCUACGAGAGAUUGGAUUUUGGAAAACUGAUCAAGUGAGCGAGAUGCUUAAAUCUGUCAAAGAGCUCCAGGACCAGCCUAACUCUAUCGUUCUACUAAGCGUUGGCCUUCAUUUUCAGUUCAAUUUGCAGGUGGUUGAAAAUAAGGUUUUGAACCCCCUACUGCUGAGUCUGGCAAAUUCGUCUUGGCCAAAAGUGAUCUGGUUAUCUGCGCCAUCAGCUGGACUAAUGAAAUCUCCAGGCUACAAAUAUCAACAAAAGGAAAAUGGUAUACAAUACAAUAUCAAGGCUAACGAACUUAUGAGGAGAAAAGGCAUUCCUGUACUGGAUUUCUUCAAUAUGACCGAACCAGUGAUGAGCUUUGAUGGAACACAUCAUGGUGCAGGAGUCAAUGACCUUAAGGUCCAAGUUCUUCUGAAUUACCUUUUAGAAAUUAAAACCAGUACAUAA